AUGACAACAGAUAGAUGUUUGACUGUAAUAGCUGGUAUCUUAGAAGAUUAUAGUUUUAAUUACAUAUGUUUUAUCGCUGAUAGUUUAUCUACAAUAUUACCAAAUUUUCAUUAUAAAAGUAUUAGUAAAAGUUCUACAAAAUGGGAAGCUCACAAUGUAAAAAAACAAAAAAUCAAGUCUUUACAAAUACAAGAAAAAUUUCGUCGAAUAAUGAUAAUAGGAGCAGGGAGGUCAAUGUGUCUAGACCUAGUUCCCCAGUUGUUAAUGACAAAAGAACUCUGGACAACUCAUGGAAUUAUUAUUAAUUUAUAUGACCAACCAGGAUGUUUCUUUAAACUUAGGAGAAUUUUUAGAGAUGCAGGAACAAUAGGUGCUGGUUUAAAUACAGUAAAUAUUAUGGAAAAUAUUCCUGAUGGAUUAAAAGACUGUGAUAUAUUAAUUUAUCUUGAUAGUUUUGUGCGAGAAGAGUAUGAAGGAACAGAUAGCUGGCUGAAACGAAAUUAUAAAAUGAUAGAAAAUUUAUCUAUGCAAAUAAACGAAUAUGCACCUUCACAUAUGAAAAUAAUUUUUUGUUCAAUGAGUAUUCCAUGUUUUUAUGCAAAUGUCAUGCAUGAACUUGUAACAAAAUUAUCAAAUACAAACAUUGUAGUUGCUAGUGCUCAUUAUGGUUUAGAACUUAUAUAUACAGUUGUAAAUUCUCUGGGCCUUACUCAACAAAAUUUUGGUUGUCCACCUGUUUGGGGCUUUUUGGGAAUCAAUCACUUUGUAGACAUUCAUCAUAUGAUUCAAAUGUACAAUAUGUACCACCCAAAUAAAAGAGCUCUUAAUUUAAAUAAAAAUAUAGUACUACCAUUUGGAGUUCAACAUUCAGAAUUAAGAUGGUUUUUUUAUAUGGCACAUGAUAAAAAUCCUUAUAAAGAUCACUUCAAACGUAAGGCACUUGUUCGAUAUCAAGUAGGCAGAUCAGAAGAUUUCCCAAAAUGCAGAGCAAUUUGUGAUCUUCUGAAAUUAUGGUACAGCAAGAAAGAAAGCAUUGGAGAUGAAAUUAUAUCAUUGGGAGUUGCAUCUAAUGGCUGUUUUGGUAUUCCAAAAGGAUUAGUAUUUUCACAACCAGUAUAUUUAAAACAAUGUGAAGAUGGCUCACGAAUAUGGAUCCCUUUCAAAGAUUUUCCAAUGCCAAACAUGCCAAUUUCUAUAUUUCAAAAUUUUAUAGACACUGCUAUUAAUAUUAAAGAAAAAAUAAUUAAAUUAAGGAAUAAUUCUAAUUUG